AUGCCGCUUCUGGUCGCUCACACCAUUGCCCACGAAGAACAUAUCAUGACUUUCUUCGCCCGGAAGCGCUUCAAAGGCAAUCUAUCCGUGAAACCCCCGUACGACGACGAACGCAAAUUUGCCAAGCUCCUGGAACUCGUCAAAGAAGGCUCACUACCUGCUCACGAUGCGCUUAUCGACUUUUGGCCCAAGACUCCCGACAAAAUGGUUCGCGCAGUUGAAGCUUUGCUCCCCAAUCUCAGGGUUCCAAUACCAGAAGAGGGUAGGGAGAGCGAGGUUCCGGGCAGGAAGCUGACGACUGAGGUCCAGGACGUCGUUUAUCGAGCCGCCUCUUGCCUUGACGGGUUCUACCUCUUGAGAGCACCGCACCACCAGCUCAACAGGGACAUUGUCGCCAAAGCUGUGAAUCUUUAUAGGACGAACCUGGACAUCAUCAGCGCAUGGAUAAUGUACCUCACCUUCGACAAUACCAAGCUGCUCGCCCGGGACACGACGCCUAUGUCGCUCGGUGGACUCCUCUCUUCCUGGAUAACGCUCGACAACAGACUGGACGCUGCCAUUCUCGCGUCUCCCGUUGUACUGGACUUGAUGGUCCACCUCUCCACCUCUGAGCAUGUCAAACUCCACCCUCCAACCGUCCAAGCAAAAUUCCGCAUGCGAGACGCGAUGAUCUUCUUGAAGCUGUUGACCAUCUUCCUCGAGGACACCCAAGGUCGGACCACCCUCCUCGCCGAAAUUUCGGCUCGACCUCGCUCCGCCGUCGACCGGUUCACGCGCAGGAUCGGGUACUGCAUCGACGUCCUACAGCAUUUCGUCGAUUCUUCGAGGCCAGCAGAGGUGACGUCCUCGGAGAAAGACAUGGUACAAAACAUCCUCAUCCUCCUCGAGAUCAACAUCGAGUUUCUUUCCUCAGACCAGCGGUUCAACCACCUCCUGCAGAAGAACUGCCAAUACAUCCUCAAGUACUUCGUCCUCCACAAAGGGUUGCUCGCGAAAUCCCUGUUUGAUACGGAAACGGUUUUUGGGUCGUCGACGGUGGUGUUGACGUGGGCGUCGCGUCACCGGACGCAGGCUAUCCCCAUCAUCCUGGAACUCUUGAAAACGGGUGGUAUACUCGAAUAUCUCGCUUCGUUCUUUGCGUUCCAGAAGGCGGCCAAUGCGCGAGGUCCGUUAGAGCUCCUCUUUUGGUACGUGGGCUCCAGAAGGGUGCAGAAGGCGUUGGAAGCGGCGAUCGAUGGGUUACCCGCGAGGAUCCAGAAUAGGCUGAACAAUCCCAGCCUUGUCGAACACCGCAUAUGGAACUAUCUGGAGAGGAUACAUACCCGCUUCGCCGAUUUCGAGGUGUUCGAGGACCCUGUGAAUAAGGUGUUCUGUUUUAAUGUGCAGCAUGCGUCGCGGAAGGGAAUCGUCGCUGCCACUGGACCCAUGAAGGCGUGCUCGGGGUGUCAUACCGUCACCUACUGCUCCACUGACUGCCAAGCCGAGGACUGGAAGAACAUACACCGUUUUGAAUGCGCGAAGCUAAACGGCGAACGCAAGGUCGCUGCGGAAGAGGAUGUGUACAUCCCACACGGCCUACGAUUCCACUACCUCCCCGUUGCAAAGCGGUGGUUACACGAAGCGGGACACGUACCUACUCUCUUGGCCGACGAAAGGCAAUUCGCAAGUCGUAUUAGGCUGGGAAAGACGUCGUCCAGCACCAACCAUCCGAGGACGUCGUCCAACUCUAAGUUUGAUGACGUCCCCGUACACCUCCUCGAAUCCCUCGCGCGCGACUUUAGAUUCGGAGAAGUGAGCCGUGUCGUUUCGGCCUCCGAGUACAUCAAGAUGAUGGAGAAGGGGAACGACAAGGCGCACGAGGCGAUGGAUUAUUUUUGGAGUCGGGAGAGGUUUGAGAGGGUUGUUGAGGAGGUUCGGAGGAGUCGGGGGAUGGAACUUGACCUUGGGGGUGAUGAUAGUCAGGAGUUGAGGGGUGAUGGUAGUCGGGGUCGGGAGUUGACGAUGACAAGGGAGUUGACGAUGAGAAGGAAUUCGAAACACGACCACCCAUUAUCCCUCCUGGCCUUUGCGGCGCCGUAUGGGAGUGUGAUCGUGCAUAUUCUGUUUAUGGCCCCGCUUGGUGUUUUGGGCCCCGGGAGUGCGAUCCCGUUGUGGGUUGGGAUGGUUCAGCUUGAGUGA